AUGCGCUUGUGCAGCAACUCGGUCCCAUUGACCCAAUUGAGGUUGACCAUAGUCGCCAACCAUAUUGUAAGUGGUGGAAGUGGAAGGUUGUGUGGUAAACACCGAACUUUGCAGUGCAUAAUAACCAUCACCGGCUGCCGGCUGAUGCAUCGGAGAUGUCGUGCUGUCGCAUGCCGGCGCCUGGCCGGCUAUGUCGGUGCCGUAAAACGUAGAAUACACAUUGGGAAUGGGAGCUGCAGUCAGUGGAAAAAGACUGGGCUCCCCAUUGUUGACCACCGGCACCCGGUCGUCGGUGGACGUGGACGUGGACGUGGCCGCCGCUGCUGCUGCUGCAAGCAUUGCAGCAUCUGGCUCCAACGGUUGUCGCAGGUGGUGGUACGCAUUAGAAUUCUGCGACCAUUGAUUCGGACUCAUGGAUGUCGGGAGUGCAAGCUCCAGCCAUCGAUGAAGAGGAGGAGUGGUGGUUCGUAA